AUGGAAGGCCAGAAGCCUUCAAAAGCAGAGCAGAAGACCAUCAGCUCUUCUCUGGCAUCUACAUCUCCCAUCGAACCCCUCGACGACUUUCAAUGGGACAAAACCGAGCCUCUAAUCCUCCGACCUUUCAAACCUCGCUAUCACAUGACAAUGGGCAUCGAGCGAGCAACCCUCUCCGAACUAAUACAAAUCGACAAACACUACCUCACCCGCAUCACACUCCGCACGAAACUAAUCCAAGACAAACGAGCCUCCGUCCUCGGCGCCAGUCCCCGCUCCAUCCCAGCCGUCAAAGAACUAUACUCUUUCCUAAUAAAUGACUACCUGCCUCAACGGUACAGCGCUAUCUUCCAACGUACCUCUACUACCACUAGCACUUCAGCAUCAGCACCCACAACCACCAUGCUAAGAAACACAGUAACCGGCGAAACCAUCCCCAGCACACCUCCUACUGACGCAGAAGAAGCCCUCGCUAUCAUCGGUCGGCAGGUCGAAGAGGAUUUCCUCCUUCUUUUGCCACCACAGCCCUCUUACCUACGAGAUGAUGACAAAAACGAGGGUACUAACAAGCAGAUGACCCUCGAAGCCUUCAUCGGCUGUUUUCCGAAUGGGUUCAACUGGGCAGACAAGUUCCGCAAAUCGCUGGCGAAUAUCCAUGUUCCGGUACCGGAUUAUACCACCAAGUUGCGGGCGAGUAUGGAUAGAUAUCUUGAGAGGUUAAAGGUGGGGGAGUGUGUUAAGAGGGCGAAUUGGACUGUAUCCGUGGACGGGGAGCUGCAUGCUGCCAGCAGUAUGCACUUGUAUGAGGGCGAGGAAGUAGUCGAGUUGCAGGAGUUAAAUGUUGAUAUGGCACGACUACGCUGCGAAAGACAGAUGCUAUUUCGACUCCCCAUCUCACAAGCUGUGGUCUUCGUGGUCCGAACAUACAUGUACCCGUUGCAGGACGUCAAGAAAGAAGGCAAUGGGCCGAGGUUAGUCGAGGCGAUAGCAGGGUUGAAGGAGGGCAGCUCGCCGGGCUUUCAUUUUUAUAAGCGCGCAGCGGUGUGGCAGCGAGCUGUGAGUGAGUACUUACUGAAUGGGGAGGAGGAGGUAGCUGUUGUGGUAUGA